GACAAAUAUGACAAUAAAUUUUAAAAUUUUAUAUUGAUGAAUUAUUUUGUUAUUAGCAGAAAAAAAUAUUUUUAAUUGAGUUUAAAUAACUGAUGGGUAUAUUAAAAUGGAUAGAUUUGAAUAUAUAGAUGCCAGAUUAUUUGACGGCGAAAGUUACAUCAAACGGGACAAAAACGUAAAAAUUUAUGACGGUGAAGAUAAGACACAAUAUGUGGAUGGAGAAGUUGUGUUAACAACUCACCGUAUACUUUGGGGCAAACCAGGAGACAUACCAAGGGGAAAUGUAUGUUUAUCCCUUCAUUUGUUCUAUGUAUUCUGCUUGGAAGAAGAAAGCAGUGGGGUUUUUGGUUUCCGUGGACCUAAACGUAUAAUACUUCAUUUGGGACCAGCCCUUCCAGGAAAACGACCUGGUCCUGCUGUAGUCAGUCCGUACCAUUUCAUAAAACUGUCAUUCAAAGAUGGGAUAGACCCCACUUUUUAUAAGGCAUUAAGUGAUGCUGUAUCAGCGAAAGCCUGGGAGAGACAAAGUCCAUCAUCACCUUCAAGCUUAACAAGUCCUACUUCUUCUCCUAAACCUUCAGUAGCACCUAUUAAUUCUAAAAUAAGAUCUGGAAUUGUGGGAAUAGAAAGAAGUAUUGAAGAACAGCACAGGGCUACGGACAAGAGUAUUACUGUUGCAUUUCAAGAUCUGACAAAGCUAAUGGAAAAGGCAAAAGAUAUGGUUGCCAUAUCAAAAAAUAUUUCAACAAAAAUAAGGGAAAAGCAAGGUGAUAUAUCAGAAGAUGACACGGUCCGGUUCAAAUCAUACCUAAUGAGUCUAGGUAUAGAUGACCCUGUGACGAGGGAUGCAUUCAGAUCAGACUCUGAGUAUUACAUGGGGCUGUCUCAACAGAUCUCUGAUAUGAUGGUAGCAGUGUUAAUGGAAUGUGGUGGCAUAAUGUCGUUAGCAGAUGUUUGGUGUAGGGUAAAUAGGGCAAGAGGAUUAGAGCUAAUAUCUCCUGAGGAUCUUUUGAAUGCUUGCAAGUUAUUGCAAACUAUUGGAGCACCAAUGUCAUUGAGAAAAUUUCCAAGCGGAGCAUGUGUGCUGCAACUGAAUAGCCAUAGAGAUGAAGAAGUAGCAAAGACUACUAGUCAAUUGCUUGAAGAGAAUGGUUUCCUGACACCGGUGAAGCUGUCUCAAAUCGCCAGCGUGUCCGUCCUCCUUGCACGAGAACGUCUCUUCACCACAGAACGCCUUGGUCUCGCUUGCCGCGACGAAUCAAUAGAGGGUCUAGCUUUUUAUCCAAAUCUUUUUCUGAAUCCGCCCGCGUAGUGUUUAUUUUUUAAUUAUGACUUCACAGCACAGAAACUGCUGGCGGCUAGCGUGACGUACUAAACUCUGUGAUGUGAAGGCAUAUUCAUAUAAACAAGAGUCGAUAAUCGAAAUUAUGGAAACUCAUGGGCAUGUUGGACUAAUAGUCCAGCGGAUGUGAUAUUUUCCAAACUAUAAUAUCCAUUAUUACUUUUAUCUACACUUAAUCAUUCAUCAUCAGAUUUAUUAUUUAGGAAUUCGCUAGAUUAUAAAAAAUUAUUGGCAGUUAUUCAAGUGGAAUUGCCUACUCUGAAACAUUAUAAUUGAUGUGUGGUGUAAAUAAUUCAAAGCUGCUAAGAGCAUAGGUUAAGAUUGUUAAGUAAUAAAUAUUUUA